AUGGCGCGCCGAGUCAUAGUUAUUGGUUCCGGUGUAGCAGGUGUCUCGGCUUGCCUUCGUAUAUUUGAGGAAUGUCCUGGGACGCAAAUCUCCCUCGUUUCCCACCAAUCUCGAAUGGCACCUUCCAAUGAUCAGUCCAAAAUCGUGCGGGCCGAUUACGCAAACCUCGAGAGGAUGAUGGAGGCCCAAAGGGCGCAAAAGGCAUGGAAGAAGGGCUCUUUUGCUUCGCACUGCAUCGAGCGCGGCCGUAUCGUUGCGUACGCCGAACACGAUAAAACGCUACAAAGCAUCGACAAGAAUCGCGAGGACCUCGGACUGAGGCCACGGCCACGUGGCAACAAAGCCUUUUUUGAGACGUUCUUCGGUCCCUCUCACGCGCCAGAUGAUUUUAUCUAUGUUCACAAUUCGGACGAUGCAGUCGUUGACUGGAUGCCCUGUAUGGUGAAGCACGAACAGAAGGCCAGGGACAUAUGCCACCAGACACAAGGGAGGGUAUACGAGACGGAAGUAAUGUCGCUCCAGCAUGAUGGGAAUCGAGUGACUGCUGCUAUUUUCGCCAAUGGGGACAGGAUAGACACGAGUGGCUGCGACAUUGUCCUUGCUGUUGGGUCCUGGACCAUGGAGGUGUUACAGAAAUCCGAGAUUGAACUUCCUCCUCAGCAUCGAGUUCCUGUACCGACUGGGCUCUUUGCCUUCGAGCUAGAGCUAAAUGAUGAGCAGGUCGAGUUUUUCAAGGACAAGCCAGUAUUUUCCCAUGUUGGCCGAGCGGAGUUCGUCCCUCCGAUACGGGAGGGUCGCACUGCUAAGCUUACCUGGGUUGAGCCGUUCACGGUUUCACAGAUUCGUGACGUCUCCACCAGCGCCCUGGCUCACCGUGUACUUGAGAACGCAGCUGGAUGGGCACGCCAGAUGCUUCCACGACUCCAAGGAGCGAGGGUUAGAGCGAUACGCUUUUAUUGUGAUGGUGUGACGGAAACACAAGCUCCCCUGAUCACAAGGCAUCCAGGCAUUGAGAACCUUAUAUUGGCCUGUGGAGGUUCAUACACCCGGGCAAAAGAUCUGCCGACAGACGGAGGAUAUGUUGCUCGUCUUCUUAAUGAAGAGGGUGGCCCUGAGCGAUUUACUUGGAAGGGUGCGACCUCCACCGAGCAAGAUCAACCACUUCUUGUUGGCCGAACCAAUUUCGAGUGCUUGGAAGAACAGGCCCAGAAGGAGCUAGGCGAUCGGUUCCCGCUGUGUAUUGUUAUCUAA